UACGAUUUGCCAACAGAGAGUAGCAGUAUUACAGCAGAUCCUCUGUCUGAUGUUACCGCAGCAGAGAGAUUUAUGAAAGUCAGUCUCUUUGAUGUAGUUUUCACCAGAAAAAAAAAACUUAUUCUCAUAUUAUGGACUUGCAGCAAUAUCGUACGGACUUGCCGUGUGUGCUUCGUGAAUUGCAGUAAUUGUUUAAAUCGUGUGCGCUUUUUUGCUUCCGUCCGUCGGUUCCAGUGAACAAACGGAAAUUAAACCAGCGACACAGUGGCUGUUAACUAGUGAAUACAACUUUCAAGUGAAGUGAAGGGUCGUAGUCAAUACGAACCAUUGGGGACGCGACGGAAGAUGGUUUAUUAAAUGAUAGAUUCUUUGAUUAGUCGCUCGAGCAGGCCAUGAAUGCACGGUAGUGAGAGGUCGUGUGCGGGGCGUACUAAGAACAAAAGCAACCGAACAACAGAAGAAGAAGAAUAAACCGCACACCCACAGCUCUGGAAUGAUGUAUGCGUUAAUUAAGGCACAUAUCGCAAAGACCAUCGAGUAACGAAAUUGUGUGACGGAUGCUACUAGUGCUGCUACUCUGGCACCGUGUCCGGCCUGGUUGGACACUGCACUGCAGUGGAGCAUAGUGCGUAAAACAAAGCCUUUUUUUGCUGCAAAUUUGUGGUGUGGGACGAUUUCGUUACACUUUUUUCUGCAAAGAAAAAAGUCAGUGAAAAGGUGAAGGUGUGAAUCAGUGUCAGUGCAACUUUAUGAUGCUGUAAUAUUGACACCGUCACACGUAGCAGGAGCAAGAGAGUGAGAUAAAAAGUGCUUACACCCUGCUAGAAACAAAAAAAGUAUUAAGCGAACAGAAAACAAUUGGAGUGAACAAUGCCUCCGCUAAACAACUGCAAUGGUAAUAAUUGCGGGGACAUUAUUUGCUCCCUAUCGACACAAACGUCUCUUUCUCCAACGGACCUGUCACAGGCAGGGAUUGGGGCGGUGGCGGGUAGUGCAGGUAGCAGUGGUAAACCACGGUUCAGCUGUCCACAUUACGCGCAGAAGAUGCUGCUUAAUCUUAAUGCCCUUCGGCUUGACUCACGGUUCUGUGAUGUAGAGAUUAAAGUUGGCGAUGCUACAUCCGUCCACGCCCAUCGGGCCGUACUGAGCGCAAGUUCCGCAUACUUCGAGGCCAUGUUCCGGCCAGAGCUGGGGCUGAGCGAGGGCAAACAGAAGACGGUCACAUUGCACUCGAUACGAGCGGACAUUUUGGAGCUGCUGGUCGAUUUUAUCUACACUGGACAAAUCGAAAUCGAACAGAGCAAUGUACAGGAACUGUUAGCCGCAGCCGACAUGUUGCAGGUGCCGGAGGUAGUUGACGGAUGCUGCGAAUACCUUUGCCGAGAACUGCAUUCAUCGAACGCGCUCGGUAUACUGCGGUUCGCCGAGGCACACAACUGCCGCCAGCUUGCUGACGUGGCGGCCAACUUUGUCCACAGCAACUUCCCGAAGGUGGCGCUCGAAGACGAACUGCUUGACAUUCCCCACACAAUGCUCGUGAAGGUGAUCGCAUCCGAGGCGCUGCGUGUCGAUAGCGAGUAUCAGGUGUUCAAUGCUGCCCUGCGUUGGAUACGGCAGGAUGUGGUACCACGGCGCCAGUACGUGUUUGAGAUCUUGUCGCACGUACGCAUCGCACUGGUACCGGUCGGGCUGAUCGAUCAGGCCAUUGCCGAGUGCCGUGAUGUGUCGCUCAAAAUUGCGCUACGUUCGGUACGGAAAGAUCUAACGUCUCGCCGAGGACAAUUGGUUCCGUUGCGCGUAUGUCCACGGGUGUGUGCGAAGAAAAGCAUCUACGUAAUUGGGGGUUCACGGCGCGAACAGUCGGCCGGUUGGACGCCAACAGAUUGGAUCUUCGAGUCGGUUAUCAAAUAUGACAUCUUUAGACGCGAAUGGAUAGAGUCGGCUCCGAUGGAGAUUGGACGCAUACUGCCGGGUGUGGCAGCACUUGGGGGAAAGAUUUACGUGAUUGGAGGUGAACGCGGCAGCCAGAUACUGGCUAAUGGAGAAGUGUAUGAUACACAGAACAACAAUUGGGAACCGAUGGCACCGAUGAAUGUACCGCGUUGCGAGUUCGGGCUGUGCACACUCGGUGGCACGCUGUAUGCGAUGGGUGGCUGGAUUGGAGAAGACAUUGGUGGUUCGAUCGAAUGUUACGAUCCUAUGAAAAACGCAUGGCGUAUGGUAGGUGAUCUUCCGGGCCCAAAGUUUAGUAUGGGCGUCGUAAGCUUUGAAGGAUUAAUAUACAUCGUUGGUGGUUGUAAUACUCAUUCGCGGUAUCUAACUGAUUUGAUGAGUUACAAUCCAGUGACGAACGAAUGGACAGUGCUCGCUCGAAUGCAAACAGCUCGCUGCCAGAUGGGGGUGGCCAUCUUGGAUCGACAUCUGUACGUGGUCGGUGGCAACAGCAGCCAGCAGGAAGUUUUGCGCACCGUCGAACGGUACAGUUUCGAUGAGGACAAAUGGUCCAUGGUGUCACCGAUGACAGUACGACGCUCGAGCCCGGCCGUAGCCGCUGCCGACGGAUUACUCUACGUAGCCGGUGGUGAUCAACCCUGCGAAAUCAAUUUCUACCGGGCGCAAAUUACAAUUGCCUCGUUCGAGUGCUACGACCCCAUCACAGACCAGUGGAAGGUAUGUCCCGAUCUACCCACCAGUCGUUCUGAGGCCGGUGCGGUUGUUGUCUAGAAAGAUGUCUGACAUUACAGAGAGAGUCAUGCUUGUUUUCCGUCUGCGCUAAUGCCAUCGCUGCUAACCAAAGAUGCGCUUAUGAAGCGCCGCGAUUCAAUAGCAAUCCGUGUCAAUCGCCCGGACUCUUCCUUUACAAAACAACCAAAAACGCGUAUAUUGCCCGCUUCAUUGUUUGCUUUUCUUUCCGGUGGCAGUAGUGAACGUAAUCGAUAUUCUAAAACUGAACUGCAGACAGUCCCCACUAAUGAAGGAAUCUUUUAAACAUAUAUAAGUGUGCGCAUACCAAUUUAGAUACACGAAACGUGAAUGCAAAAGUAUAAUAUUCUUCCUUUGAGUACGUUCCCAGUAUCAUCUACCGGACGGCAACACACCCAAGUUGUAAUACAAUUUGGUUGACGUCUGUUUCAAUUCUCAUUUGUCAAUUUGUAAUAUUUCUCAAU